CCGUCCGCAUCCACAAACUCCAGCAACCGCAACCGCAACCGCUGCGUUUGAACGAGUCAAGCCCUUAGUUUCCGGUAAAACUCGUAAAACUAUCUUUUUGUUAAAAAAAAAAAAAACUCGUAAAACUCUCAGGCUUGUUAUCAAAACAAUGUGAAAGGCUAUGUCACGUAAAAAAAUUCACAAUCAAUAAUCAUAAUUCUAUUGGUAAAUAAAUAAUCAUUUGACUUCUAUUCUAAUACAUACAGGAAUGGGUCUUUGAAGUCUGGACCCACGUGAGUUUCCAUGAGUCACUUGACUCACCUCCACCACAUGGUUCUCCUUCGAUAGGAUCUCUCAAGUUCUCAUGUCAAGACUAUAAUAUACUAAUGUAUUCUUAUCCUUUGAUUUGGUCUUUGUGAAAUGUCAUUGUUUUGGGUGAAUAGAUAAGUCUAUCUAAUCACAUAUUCAACCCUGUAUAUUGCAUAUUAAGGAAGACGACGUCAAUCACAUAAUAAUAAAAUCUUAUUUAAUUCGAUCAAGUAAUAAUAAUAAUCGUUUGAGACACUCAGAUGCAUUACACAUCAUGUAUCUUGCCAUAUCAUAUACCAAAUGCAAAAGAAGUGAGGAGAAGUUACUUAUCUAAGGUAGUUAACAGGUGGUUGUUCCAAAGUGCCAACCAGUAUCCCGAGCUCAAUAUCCUUGUCCUCAAACUUUUUAUGAAUGGAUGACUCUGAGAUCUUUAACAAUAAUCGAAUGUUUCAUCAAAGAUCCUAGAGGUUGUUACCAAGGGAGAAAAGAGAGUGGCGAGUAAAAAAAACUGAAUUUGAAAUAUUGAAAUGUUUUAGCAAAGAAAUGUUUGCAACUUUAAAAUGAGGUUUUAGCUCAAGAAGAGGUGGUAAGAAACCAGAGUACCCACCGACUACACAAAACAUCACCCUAAGACGCCACCACCAAAAAAUAGAAUAGAGAUGGGUUGAAUAUGUUCUAAUCCAAACAUAAAUAUAAAUGUAUCUGAAUAAAAAAGGAAAAAGAAUUUUGCAAUUAAUAAAUUAGGAUUAGGAUUAAGAUUAAGAUUGGAUUAGGAAACUGAAAAGAAAGAGAUUUGAAAAAUCAUGAAUAUCCAGAACAUCACAAUUGUUGCUCAAUAUAUAUAAACCUAAGUUAAACAUAAUCAUGUACAAUUAUAAAGCUCUUCCAAGUAUUGUAUUAGGAAAGUAGCAACAUUUUAUUCUCAGUAGUAUGAUUCUUUGAUGAUUGUUGAACUCUAGUUUUCUUCAUUUUUCUAUUACCCCAAUAACACAUAGUAAAGAGUACUAAAGAAUCAUAACACAGAGAUAUCACCAUGUGACAAAACGAAAACUACGAUAACAUAUGAAGAACAUCACAAUUGUUGCUCAAUAUCUAAACAUAUAUAUUUAAAAUAUUGUUUCAUCUCCAGGUUACAGGAUCAUAUAAUAAAAAUCUCAUUCAACUUUAAACGUCAAGUAAUAAUAAUCUUUCGAGAAAUCACACAUCAUGUAUCUUAUAAUAUCGUAUACCAAAUGCAGAAGAAGAAGAAGAAGAAGAAGAAGAAGAGAAGAGAAGAUGACCUACUUAUCUAAGGUAGUUAACAAGUGGUUCUAAAGUGACAACAAGUAUACCGAGAUCAUUAUCCUUGUCCUCAAACUUUUUAUGAAUGGAUGACUCUGAGAUCAUGAACAAGAAUCAAAUGUUUCAUCAAAAGAUCCAAAAGGUUGUUACCAAGAGAGAAAAAUAGAACGAGUAAAGCAAUUUCGAAUUUUAAUUGCAAUAAUUGAAAAAGUAGUAUUUAGCUUAAAUCUAGCUAAAAAAUCUUAUCACAUAGGAGAUAAACUGCAUUAAUAACUUGAUGGCCCGAAUCCAAGUAUAAAUGAAAAGGUAUCUAAAUAAAAUGGAAAGAAAUUUGCAAUUAAUAAAUUAGGAUUAGGAAAAAACAAAAUAUUGAAAUUAAAAGAAGGAAAGAUUUGAAAAAAUAGAUUUUUGUUGAUUUUUUUUUCUUUUUUUCUUCAUAUAUAUUAAACCCUAAAACUAGGAUUCGUUUUCAUCUCUCUGCUGCGCAAAAUUCGUGAGGACAAACAAAAAUAUGGUGAAAGAGAGGCUCAACGAGUUACCAGAUGAACUGAUCGUGACGAUACUCUCAAAGCUUCCCACGUUUAAAGAAAGCGUUGCAACACGUCUCAUAUCAAGACGGUACGAGGAUCCUUGGAAUCUUGCGCAGGACGUCACGCUUAAAGAUAACGAUGAGGAGAGUUUCAUGACGUUUCUCUAUGGAUCUUUGUUGUCUAACGAUGCUCCAGCUCUAGAGAGGUUGCGUCUCAAGCUUACCCGGAAACAUUCGGCUUCAGACAUCGAGUUUUGGGUUCAAACCGCGGUUAACCGAAACGUGAGAAAGCUGAGAUUCGACUUGUUGCCUUGUGGAACCCUAGAACUGCCGAGUUGCUUGAGGACAUGCACAACCCUAAAAUCGUUGAUACUACGUGGCGUACUUAUGGAGUCUGUUCCUAGUGGUUUUCGUUUGCCAUCUCUCAGAAGUCUACACCUAUUCUCGGUUAACUUCUCGAUUGGUGAUUCCGUUGCAAAUCUUUUAAAAAUCUGCCCCCAUCUUGAAUAUUUGGUUUUAAACGAUACCAGAUAUGACGUGGACCAUGUGGAUGAUGAGUUUGCUCCACUUCGGUUCUGCUUAUCAUCACUCAAAAGUCUACACCUUUGCUCGGUUAUAUUCUCCGGCAAUAAUUCUGUUACGCGGCUUUUACGAAGCUGUCCGGUUCUUGAAACUUUGGUUAUAAACCAAACCAAAUGUGCCUACAAGAUGUUCGAGGUUGUUUUUCCACCAAGAUCUUGUCUGUCAUCACUCAAAACCCUACACCUUUUGUCGGUUAACUUCUCGAGUGACGAAUCUGUUGUAAAGCUUUUAGAAAAUUGUAAGGCUCUUGAAAACUUGGUCAUAACCCGAACCAGAGAUGACAAUGUGUGGUUAUUCAAUAUCACUGUGCCUACUCUCAAGAGCUUAUCUAUUAGUAACGCUAAAGUGAAACGCGCUGAUGCUCCUGGGUUUGUUAUAAAUGCUCCUUCUUUGGAGAGGUUGAACAUUAAGGAUACAGUCAGUAACUUUCUAAUGUUUGGAUAUAUGCCCGAGGUGACCACGGCGAAUAUUGAGGCUGUUUGUGACCAAUCUGAGAAUUUUGUAGGGUCUCUUACCUUCAUGCAACAUCUGUCUCUCUGUUCUCCAACUACAAAGACUCCAUAUACUAGCGGCACUGUCUUCUUCUUUCUCGAACAUCUAGAGCUAUGUACGUGUUCCGCUAGAUGGGCGAAACUACUUGGCUCUAUACUCAAUGACGCUCCAAGACUUCAGUCUAUCAAGCUUAAGUCGAAAUGCAGUGCUCGUUUCAAGCGUCCGAUGGAACUCUGGACCGAACCUACAGUUGCUCCGGAAUGUUUACUGAAGCAUCUUGAGAUCUUGGAAUGGAGAGAAUAUGAUGGCACAGAGCAAGAGAGGAAAGUGGCUGCGUACAUACUAGGAAACGCUACUUGUCUAAAGAUGGCUACAUUCUCGACAAGAUCUGGAGACAAAUGUACAGAGUUAAAGAAAAUAUCCAGAGUUUCAGAGAUAUGUCAGUUAGUGUUUGAGUAAGCUAUUAGAUUAGAGUGUGUGUGUAGAAUACAGGAGAGGUUCUUAGCUUCUUUCUUCCUUGUUCCCUGACUCAUAUGAGAUAGUGUGUCUCUAAAAGACUAGAGAGUUUUCUUCUGUUUACAGUCCUGGAAAACAAAGACAAUACAACUGUCUCAAAACAUAAUUAUGUACAAUUAUAAAACUCUCCUAGUUUCCUAUAUAUUAUUUGAUUAGCAUUUUUAAUAAGAAAUUUUAAAUGUAUAAAAACAACCCAAUUACAAAUACAUCAUUAAUAAAUUGAUAAUAAAUAUAUCAUUACAAAUAUAUCAUUAAUAAAUUUAUAAAUUGGCAUCUCUAUAAUAUUAUUAGAAUUGUUAAUUACAAAUAUAUCAUUAAUGAAUUGAUUUUAUUAUACCUAAUUCCCACAACUACUUUUUCUAUUUUUAUUUUCUGUUUUUAAUUCAUUCUUUUUAAAGUCACUUAAAUAAAAUACCAAUUUUCUAUUUAAAUAUGAAUUUCUUUUUAUCUAAAUACCAGUUUUACAAAGAUUUUCUAUAAGUUUUUCCUAAAUCACGUUAAUUAAAUCAAUUUUCUUAGGAUAUUAAAUAUUUAAUAUCUCCUUUUCUAAUUAAAAAUAAAGGAUAUCAGAUUUUUUUAAUGUUUUUUUUCUUAUACAGUUUCGUACAUAUUAAUAAUUUUCAUUUUAUAAUUAUCUUAUUUGUAGACAAAAGCUAUCUUAAUUUUAUGCAGUUUUCUUUUUAUUAUAUUUAAUUAUGAAUUUCAAUUUUAAAAAUAUUUUAGUGCUUCUAUCUAAUUCUACUAAAAAUGAAGGAAAUCAGAUUUAAAACAUUUUCAUAAAUUUUGGAAAUUUUAUAAUCAUAAAAUUUCUAAUUUGUAGAAAAAAUUAUCUUAAUUUAUGUAAUUUUAUUUUUAAAAUUGUUUUUAAAUGUAAAUUCUCUGCAUUAAUAAUAUUUGAAAGUUCUGUAUCUAUAUAAAUAAACCACUAAAUCUUCAUGGAUAUCUUAGAAUUUUACUUAUUCAUAAGAAUUCUGCAUUGUUCAUAGAAAAACAAUUUUGACAUUUAAAAUUAAUUUCUUAAACAAUUCUGUAUUGUGGAAGCAUCGAAGCCUAGUGCUCAAGGUUUAAAGGUUUUUACACUCAGGUCUAGGGUUCGAAUCUCAGACAACGUAAAUUCUACAGAAAGAGGUUUAGGUUUCAAUUUCCGGAGAAGGUGAAUUAUGCAAAAAAUUAGAAAAAAUUAGAAAAAUUUAUGUAAUGUUUCUCAUAAUUUGUGAUUACAUAAUUAACCAGACAAAAAAAAAUUAGUUUCUUAAAUUGUGAUUUUAGAAUCAGUUCACACCCUUUUAAUAUAUUGAAAUAUUUCUAUAGAUGGCUAUGAAAUUUUCCCAACAGAUCUGCGAAAAUUAUUAUACCGAUUUUACUAAUAUUCUAUCUCAAAACAUCAGCAAGAAUUUCUUGGUUGGUAAAUUUUUCUUUUAACAUACCAAUUUUUUUGUUAGUCUAAGUACUAUAUUUUAAAUCUUUAGUUUUCCAUAAUUAACAACAUAUACAAAGUUUAAAAAAAAUUGGAAUUUUUGAAACAAUUAUUAUCGCUAAAUAGAAUAUUAUGCAAAAUAGAGUAGUUAUAAAAACAUCGCAACUCAACAAUUAUUAAAUAACAGUUUAGUUAAUUAACAUAAAGUUAUAUAAAAUAAAUAUUAAUAAAUGUUAUAUUUUAGUU